CUAAACCGUCCUGGUAUUGGUGAAAACCAAACCUGAUCCUGUGAAUCCUGUGACGUUGGAGAGGAUGUGAUGUCACUGACAUGCUGGGAUCUCAUCAUGUUUCUGCUGUGGAUCUUCCUGCUGCCGGCGGCUUCCUGCUCGCUCUCCGGCAGCUCCGCGUUCUGUCCGGACCCAGAGGGCAGCAGCCGAGACGCAGGUCAUGUAAUUGAUUGUCUGGGUCUGCGCUUCGUCUGGCUCCACGCCGUCUUCGAUAACUUCCCCUCGCUGCUGAGCUUCGUGUCCAGGCUGCGGUGUACAUCAGGGCUGUGUCCGCGGGACCUGGAGGACUACGGCUGCUCCUGCAGACAUGUGGCGUCUGGGAACCCAGUGGAUCCUCUGGACACCUGUUGUGCAGCUCACAGGCAGUGCUACCAGAGUGCUGCCCCCUGCAGGCAGCCGCUGCCUCUGCCUCCGUAUAACUACUCUUGCUCCGCAGAAAGCAGCAGCUGCGAUGUUGGCGACCCGUGUCAGCAGAGGUUUUGUGAAUGCGACCGAGCCGCCAUCGACUGCGUGACCCGGAGCCGCUACAACCCGAGCCUGAGGGGCCUGACGGCGGCCGCCUGCUCCGCUGGAAAUGCUACAGAUUGGCUCGGCGGCGGCGCGGCGGAGGCUGACGACGUCUUCAACAGAACGGAUGUUCUCACAGCAGCAGAGCGGCUGUCCAACGCCGCCCCGCCGCCCGCAGAACCGGACCGGGUGAUGAUCGGUACCGUGGAAAACCAAAGUAAACCGGCUGAGCUGAAUGGAGAAUUCAUCACCGGACCACCAGAACCAACCGGACUCCGGACUCGUCCCGAGGAACAGGCAGCCGAGGGAAACCAAGAGGAACAGAAACACCAGAGUUUGAUCUCUAACGGCCUGAAAGAGGCAGAAGAAGAGGAGUGGGAGGACCAGGCUGAAGAUCAGAUGACCCAGAGUCCUGCAGAAACCAGUCCAACCAGUCCAACCAGUCCAACCAGCCCAACCAGUCCAACCAGCCCAACCAGCCCAACCAGUACAACCAGCCCAACCAGUACAACCAGCCCCGAUCCGGUCCAGUUGGUCCAUGAAGGAGCGACCCCAAACGGGCCGCCGUCUCCACGGAGCCCUUCUGGUGUUUAUUAUGGGAUGGAUCAGACAGCAACGCAGAUUCCUGCUGCUGGCGCCUCAGCAUCUCUGAGAAACACGCUGCUGGAUGGAACCGGUGUGGAGCUUCUGUCACCUGCAUCUCUAACCAUCGCCCAGUCCAAACCCACAGGAAGCUCAGCGACAGCUGGGAAAUCUCCACCAAUCACAACGAUGACGACGCCUCUCUGUGAGGAAGAGGAAGAGGAGGAAGAGGAGAAGGAAGAAGGCUCGCAGGAGGAAGACGGGGCGGAGCCAGGUCCGAAGAGGGCGGUGCCGUUCUUCGCCUGGUCUCUGCUGGAGUCCGUCGGUCUGACCGACAUCCAGCAGCCGGGCGGCCGAGAAUGCAGCUCCUCCUUCGGCGUGUUCAGCAGCGACGGCCGGCGCCGCAGAGAGAUGCCGGCGCUGGGGGAGAUGCUGCGCUGCCUGACGGGACGAUGUCCGCACGAGUACGAGAUGUACGGCUGCUACUGCGGACAGGAAGGGGCGGGGCUUCCUCUGGACCAGCUGGACAGAUGUUGCUUCUUCCAUCGCUGCUGCCUGAAGCAGAUCGGCUCCAUGGGCUGCCGGGCCGACAGGAAGCUCGACGCUCGCAUUUCCUGCGAGAGCCGCAACAAACCGCGAUGUCAAGGCGUCACAGUGUGUGACAAACUGCAGUGUGUGUGUGAUAAAACCACAGCACAGUGCAUGGCUGCUGCACACUUCAACCACAGCCUGCCGUCGCAGCGCUGCCGCGGCCCGGCGCCGCCCUGCCGCCGGCCCGGCAGGCCCUCCAAACCCGCAGCGGAACCGGCCUGGUCCAGUGAGGAGAGCAAACCCAGCCAGUCUGAGACGAGUUCUGCUCAGUAUUCAGACAGUGAUCAAAGUUCUGAUGUAAUGAAUGAAGAGACGCCGACUCCUCCUGCUGGAACAUCGAGAGCCGAAACCAAAGAGCUGCAGACGGUCGGUGGGAUUCAGAACCAAGACAGAACACCAGCAGAAAGACCGGGGGAGGAAGAGGAAGAGGAGGAGGAAGAAGAGGAGGAAGAAGAGGAAGAGGAGGAGGGGGAAGAGGAAGAUGAAUAUGAGGAGGAGGAAGAAAACUAAACCAACCACAGAAAACGUUGCAACUCAAAUACUUCAAUAGAAACAUUUUAUUUCUCUCCAACAUGAAAUUUCAACACAUUCUGAGACAUUAUGGUAAAACGAGGCUCUGCUGCUGCUCAGGUUCAGGAAAUGAGAUCUGAGAACAUCAAAGCCAAUCAGUGUGUAAGUUCAGGUCAGUGACUCCAGAACAAAAACAACGUCAUUUCCUGAACCUGCAGGAAGAGCUGAGCCUUGGCGCCCCCUAGUGGUCAUAAAUCACUGAACAACAACUCUGAGCGUCAGCGUUUUAUCUUUGAAGGUGAACAGAGACGAGACAUUUCUCUAAAACUGGCACAAGAAUACAGACUGCUGCACCACAGACGAAUAAAACGAGAAGGUUUCGCUGUUGCCGUGGAAACGAGCGGUUCCGCCCAGGAGGCGUGCAUCAGUAAGUGCAGGCUAAUCAGGCUGCUAGGACGACCAGCUGAACAUUCAGAGUAAAAACAUUCCCAUUCGUA